UCUGCUAUGGGACGGGUCGCUAUUAUCCAAACUAUUCUUCCCGCCUCACCCUGAUACAGGUGUACGAUUACUCGGUGCUAUGCAUCGCAUAUUAGUAUGGCAGAAAUUGAGUGCGAGAGGCUUAUCACUCAUGUCCUCGGCGAGUCUUGUGGCGUUGACUGUCCAAUUAACUAUGCGCAGACUAUCGAUGGGACUGUCAUUGAGACCGACAGCUGGCUCGUAUCUACAUUGGAGAUAAAGCGUAUUCACGAUGCACGCGACAGGAUGUUUUGCAACCUCUCUGGGAGGCAGACCUGAGGUCUGUUACACACUGACGUGCAAGAAUACUUCGGCUCAUACGUUUCUGAUCCUGCCACUGGCAAGCUCGUUGCUUGUCCAUGCUCUCCGACAUGGACAUUGGAUUGUACUGGACGAGCUGAACUUGGCACCUACAGACGUGUUGGAAGCUCUUAAUUGGUUGCUAGACGACAACCGGGAGCUCAUCAUUCCGGAGACACAAGAGGUCAUUCGCCUACAUCCACACUUUUCGCAACGUAGUACUAGAAUCCUCCUGGCCUAUAUGCAGGGAGCAAGGUUUUGUCCCGUGCCUUCCGACAUCGUUUCCUCGAGGUUCACUUCCAGGAUGUGCCUCAAGCGGAGCUUGAAACCAUUCUCUGCCAGCGUUGCCGUAUCGCGCCUUCCUAUGGCCAGAAAAUCAUCAGCGUGUUCCGUGAAUUACAGCAACGUCGUCGGUUCUGCAACUUUUCGUGAUCUCUUUAGAUGGGCCGGUCGUGAUGCAGGAGGUUAUCAAGAGUUGGCAGAGAAUGGGUAUAUGCUACUUGCAGAAUAUAUUAUGCGCUGUUACCGACUCCUGCUAUCAGCAUAUGUUUUUCAUUCACGGAUUCGGUUCACGACAAGCCCAGAUCUUAGUAGGGGUAAGGUACUUGGUUCCAACGAAGUCGAAGUCGAGGGGAGAAAUCAAUGAAGCGACUUCCAGGUCAUGAAAACGGCGAACUGGAUUUGUCCACUUGUACUCCUAAACAACUGCCAGACGUUGGCUACCUGCCUGUACCCUCUGCAAUUUUCGUUCACUUUUCAAUAAUUGGUGCUUCUAAACGUCU